AUGGCUAAUGAUAUUUCCCUUCAUGCUGAACGCUGUCGGACAUGCUGUGAGAGUUUCGUCCAGUUGUUCCCAGGCCUAGUAUCAAGUGGCCAGCACCAACAUGUCCCUGGGGAGAGACCAGCAGCAUCACCCCGGCACAGACCAGCAGCAUCACCCCAGCACAGACCAGCAGCAUCACCCCUGCACAGACCAGCAGCCAUCACACACCACCCCGGCACAGACCAGCAGCAUCACACAGACCAGCAGCAUCACCCCAGCACAGACCAGGCACAGACCAGCAGCAUCACCCCCAGCACAGACCAGCAGAGCCAGCAGCAUCACCCCAGCACAGACCAGCAGCAUCAGCACAGACAGCAGGCAUCACCCCAGCACAGACCAGCAGCAUCACCACCAGCACAGACCAGCAGCAUCACCCCGCACAGACCAGCAGCCAUCACCACCAGCACAGACCAGCAGCAUCACCCGCACAGACCAGCAGCCAUCACCACCAGCACAGACCAGCAGCAUCACCCCGCACAGACCAGCAGCAUCACCCCGGCACAGACCAGCAGCAUCACCCCGGCACAGACCAGCAGCAUCACCCCGGCACAGACCAGCAGCCAUCACCACCAGCACAGACCAGCAGCAUCACCCCAGCACAGACCAGCAGUACCACCCCCAGCACAGACCAGCACCAUCACCCCCAGCACAGACCAGCAGCAUCACCCCGGCAGACCAGCAGCAUCACCCCCAGCACAGACCAGCAGCAUCACCCCCAGCACAGACAAAGCAGCAUCACCCCACACAGACCAGCACCAUCACCCCGCAGACCAGCAGCAUCACCCCCCACAGACCAGCAGCAUCACCCCCAGCACAGACAAAGCAGCAUCACCCCCAGCACAGACCAGCAGCAUCACCCCAGCACAGACCAGCAGCAUCACCCCAGCACAGACCAGCAGCAUCACCCCCAACACAGACCAGCAGCAUCAGCCCCAGCACAGACCAGCAGCAUCACCCACGGCACAGACCAGCGGCAACACCCCAGCACACACCAGCAGCAUCACCCGGCACAGACCAGCAGCAUCACCCCGGCACAGACCAGCAGCAUCACCCCGGCACAGACCAGCAGCAUCACCCCCACAGGAGACAGCAGCAACACCCGGCACAGACCAGCAGCAUCACCCCCAGCACAGACCAGCAACAUCACCCCAGCACAGACCAGCAUCACCCCCAGCACAGACCAGCAGCAUCACCCGGCACAGACCAGCAGCAUCACCCCAGCACAGACUAGCAGCAUCACCCCCAGCACAGACCAGCAGCAUCACCCCCAGCACAGACCAGCAGCAUCAGCCCCAGCACAGACCAGCAGCAUCAGCCCCAGCACAGACCAGCAGCAUCACCCCCAGCACAGACCAGCAGCAUCACCCCCAGACCAGCAGCAGCAGCAUCACCCCCAGCACAGACCAGCAGCAUCACCCCCAGCACAGACCAGCAGCAUCACCCCCAGCACAGACCAGCAGCAUCACCCCCAGCACAGACCAGCAGCAUCACCCCAGCAUCACCCCAGCACAGACCAGCAGCAUCACCCCCCGCAGCACAGACACAGACCACAGCAUCACCCCGGCACAGACCAGCAGCAUCACCCCGCACAGACCAGCAGCAUCAGCAGCAUCACCCCCGGCACAGACCAGCAGCAUCACCCCCAGCACAGACCAGCAGCAUCACCCCCAACACAGACCAGCAGCAUCACCCCCUGCACAGACCAGCAGCAUCAACCCCAGCACAGACCACCGUGUGUGGCGCCCCAUAAUGCUGAGAGACGGGAGUCCUGGAGGAUGA